AUGGAUGAGAAGAAGGAAGACAAACAUGAGAAGCCAGAGAAGGCGUCUUCUACCUCUUCUUCCAUGGCUGGGAGGAUACAGUCUUCGGCAGCAGGACUGUUGAAAUCAGCCAUUACGCCCUCCUCCUCUUCUUCCUCGACGUACGCAAGGGAUGUAUCUUCUUCUCUAGUGGGCCUUUCAAGUUCUGAAAAAGGCAGUGGUGCUUCUUCUUCCUCUUCGGCUUCGAGGCCAGUGGACGGCGGAUUUCAUCAUGGACCAUCAUCCGUGCAGCCAGACUCGGCCUUUCGAUCACAGCCGUCUCAGGAGAUGCAGUCGAGCGUGAUAGGUCAGGAGAGGGAGUUUCAGCAGGGAAGUUUACCUGUUGAUGAUACCGCUGCUGCUGCUACUAGUGUUGGUAAUGCUAUAUCUACUUCCAGGGGUAAAGGGAAGGGCAGAGACAUACAGCCUGAGACGGGAGAUGAGAGGUUUGAUUCUGCGUGGAAGACUGCUUCUACCUCUGCAGUUACGGAGCAGGAGCAGAGAGACGGCCAGGCUGUUUCGGAUUUGCUGUCAUCUACUACUACGUUCGACCCGUCAGCUCUACCGGACCUGGAUGAAGACGAGCCAGAGGUAGAUAUGAGCUUCCUUAUUACAAACCAGCAUGGACAGCAGCAGCAACAUGAUAUAUCUUCGACAUCGCUAAUACCGGACAUCGACUUUGUUCUUUCUUCCCUGCGUGGUAUUCCGGCCCAGUCGCAGGCAGAGCAUCUACGCGACCUGCCUGGUGUAGCGGAGUGGUUGGAUCUAGACCAGGAGUAUCAGGAUGCGGUAUGGGGUUAUCUCAAGCCUCGCGUGGAAGAGGCCAGGAAGGAAGUCCAGGAGAAGCUUGAAAAGGGGGAAGAAGGAGAUGGAGUUGGUGACGGGCCGGCUGUGGCGCGUUUGAGGAUGGUGUUGGCGCAUUUAAAAGAGAAGAAGAGCAUAUAA